UUCCCACCUUGCUCAGCUACCGCCAUGCACUCAGACGAUAUGCAAGUUGAUGCUGCGCCCAAUGUCGUGCGCGUCCCAAUUCCAGCGCUGCCGUCUGUGCCGCCGCCUCCAGACUUGUAUGACAAGCACCGUGGCACAAACAUACCUAUUGUCAUCGACAACGGGUCUACCACUUUUCGCUGGGGCUUUGCUGAUUCAGAGGCGCCUAGGUUUGGUCCUAAUGCUAUAUCCAAGUACAAGGAACGAAAGACAAAUAGACCUCUUUUACUUUUCGGGGAAGCCAUCGACGUGGAAAGUGGUGCCAAAGCGCAGACGAGAACUGCUUGGGAAGGUGAUAUCUUGCUGAACUUUGAUGCUUUGGAGAACGCCUUAGAUUACGCGUUUGUCAAUCUUGGACUCGAUACGCCGACCGUGGAACAUCCUGUGUUAAUGACAGAAAGGUUGAGCACACCGUUGCAUUCAAGGGCUUUGACUUCGGAGCUAAUGUUCGAACAAUAUUCGGUCCCAGCCUUAUCAUAUUGCAUCGAUGGGCUGAUGUCAUUCUAUGGAAACAACAAAAAACCUGGAACCGACAAUUUUGAAGAGGAUGGCCUGUGCAUAUCGUUUAACACGGCUUCAACUGCUGUGAUGCCCAUACUAAAUGGGAAGGGUAUUCUGAGCCAUGCAAAACGAAUACCAUGGGGAUCUCUUCAAUCCUCAGAGUACCUUCUGAAGCUAAUCCAACUCAAGUAUCCCAAUUUCCCGACGCGUGUCACAACAACGCAAUCUAAUUGGAUGCUGCGAAACUUCUGCGAUGUAUCAACGAACUACUCUAUGCUUCUCAAAUCUUUGAAAGAUCCUCUAAAAUUACGUGCAUCGGAGACCAUCAUACAGUUCCCCUUCGCGCUUCAAGUAGCUGAAGAAAAAACUGAAGAGGAACUGGCGCGGAUUGCGGAAAAACGGAAAGAACAAGGACGAAAACUUCAAGAAUUAGCGGCAAAAACGCGAAUGGAAAAGUUGCUACAGAAGGAGAAUGAUCUUCAACACUUACUGGAGCUUAGAGAAUCCAGAGGCGAAGAUGGCAAGAGAGAAUGGAAUAAUAAAUUGUCUGCCGAGGGUUUUGACGAUGACUCUCAGUUGGAUGACACCAUCAAAAAGUUGGAGUCUGGUCUCAAGAAGGCAAGAAAGAAGGAAGCUGCUGAUGGUGGAGAUGACCCUAUAGAAGAACCUUCUUUCCCGCUUGUGGAUGUUCCGGAUGUAGAUCUAGAUGAAGACGGCCUCAAGGAAAAGAAGAAGCAAAAACUGAUCAAGGCAGGCUACGAAGCGCGUGCGCGAGCAAGACGCGAAAAAGAGCGUGAAAAAGAAGAGAAGGAACGCGAGGAGAAACGGGAGGAAGAAGAACGUGAAGCAGACUUGGGCGGGUGGUCCAGGAAGCUGCGACAGGAACAGGAAGUUCUGAUGGACCGGAUUAAGAAUCGGUCGAGAAGAAAAGCUGCUUUGAGUGAUAGAAAGAGUGCCGCCGCUCAGGCGAGGAUGAAGAGUAUCGCAAACCUCGCCGCAGAUGACAGGAUAUCAAAAAAGAAAAGGAAAGGGGCGGGAGAGGAUAUGUUUGGUGCUGAUGAUGCUGACUGGGCGAUCUAUCGAAAAAUAAAUACUACUGCAGCUUCGUCUGAUGAAGAGGAGGACUUGAUCCAGUUGCAGUUAAUCGAACAGAAACUUCUAGCUCACGAUCCCACUUUCACGGCUCAACAUACGCACGCGUCAAUAACGGCCCAGCGAUCUGCACUGUUGACCGCUUUCAAACCUGUCUAUGAGGAGGGCGACGUGGAGGGCAACACACGGAUCCAUUUGAAUACAGAAAAGUGGCGAGUCUGCGAAGCCUGGUUUUCACCGGGGAUUGCAGGCGUCGAUUCCGCAGGCGUCGGGGAGGUCAUUCAGAACAUCUUGUCUCGAUUCAGUGAUGCCGAAAAGGCGAGGCUCGUGAAGAACAUAUUUCUCACCGGGUCUCCAUCGCAGUUUUCUGGGAUGAUACCAAGGCUUCAUAACACCUUGAGGCCUCUACUCCCACAGGACAUGCCCGUCAACAUCGUGAGAGCAGCAGACCCAUCCCUAGAUGCCUGGAAAGGCAUGUCCUUGUUCAGUGUAACCUCGGAAUUCGAGAAGACUUGUUUUACCAAAGCCGAAUACGAGGAGUAUGGGCCAGAGAAGAUCAGGAAAUGGUGGGGAAGUAACUGGAACAGUUCGUACUUAUAACAAACGCGAAACUCUUCCCUGUAAUUUUACCGAGCUUGAAUUUCUUGGGCAAAUGCCACACUUUCUUCCCUUCCCACAGAGGGCAC